ACGCUACUCCCUCUCCUACUUACUCCCGAAGAAAAGCAUAAAGUCGGUCAAAAUUCAGAUCUAGGGUUAAAUUUGCGAAGUCAUCAUGGCAUUGGAAUGGGUCGUUCUAGGUUACGCUGCCGGAGCCGAGGCGAUCAUGGUCCUUCUCUUAACUAUCCCAGGCCUCGACGGACUCCGUAGAGGCUUAAUCGCCGUUACACGAAAUCUCCUGAAGCCGUUUUUAUCGGUGGUGCCGUUCUGUCUGUUUCUGUUAAUGGAUAUAUAUUGGAAGUACGAAACGCGGCCGACCUGUGAGGGAGAUUCGUGUACGCCAUCGGAGCAUCUGCGGCAUCAGAAGUCAAUCAUGAAGAGUCAGAGGAACGCGCUUCUUAUAGCGACGGCGCUCGUCUUUUAUUGGCUUCUUUAUUCGGUUACCCAUCUUGUGGUUAAGAUUGAGCAGUUGAAUCAGAGAAUUGAGAGGCUUAAGAAUAAGGAAUGAUUCAUUGAUCGAUUGUCAUUAUCAUUGUUAUGAGAUAAGUGCAUUUUGUCGUCUUCGGUUAAUGUUAUUUUCACGUAAUUACAAGUUUGUGAAUCACUAUUUUGUGUCUUUUUUUCUGGAAGUUGACUGGUUUUAAUAUGAAGCGUAUUUAGUUUUUGAUUUGA